AUGGAGGUCAAGUGCAAUUAUGAAUCGGAAGGACACCACCUCCUGUCAGGUGGCGAGACAAAAAACAAGAUUGGAGAGUCACCUUCAAAGGAGGAAAUCUCAGCACAAAUUCGAUCAUUGGCUAAAGAGUCUGGCACUUCCAGAGAAGAUGUGCUCCGGGAUUCUGAUAGCAGAGCCAUCUGUGAGUUUAGGGAGAAAUUAAAUGAAAAAAAUCAGAAUCUUUUUAAAAGUAGUCAACAUAACUGUGAUGAAAGUGGACAAAACACUGGUGGGAGUAAAGGCAUUAUUAGGCAUCGAAGACUCUGUUGGGAGAAACCGUAUGAAUGUGAUACGUGUGGAAAGGCCUUUAGUGUAAGUUCAGCCUUGGUUCUACAUCAGAGAAUUCAUACUGGGGAGAAACCCUAUCCUUGUAAAUGGUGUAUGAAAAGCUUCAGUCGGAGCUCAGACCUUAUUAAACAUCAACGAGUCCACACGGGUGAAAAACCUUAUAAAUGUGGUGAAUGUGGUAAAGCCUUCAGUCAGAGCUCAGACCUUAUUAUACAUCAGAGAAUCCAUACAGGAGAAAAGCCUUAUAAGUGUAAUCAGUGUAGUAAAAGUUUCAGCCAGCGCUCAGACCUGGUUAAACACCAGCGAAUCCAUACUGGGGAGAAGCCUUAUACAUGUAAUCAGUGUAAUAAACAUUUCAGCCAGAGUUCUGAUGUAAUAAAGCAUCAAAGAAUUCAUACUGGUGAAAAACCCUAUAAAUGUGAUGUGUGUGCAAAAGCCUUCAGCCAGAGCUCAGAUCUUAUUUUACAUCAGAGAAUCCACACUGGAGAGAAACCAUAUCCAUGUAGUCAUUGUGAUAAAAGUUUUAGUCAGAACUCAGACCUCAUCAAACACCAACGUAUCCACACUGGAGAAAAACCAUAUAAAUGCAGUGAAUGUGGAAAAGCUUUUAAUCAGACCUCCGUUCUGAUUCUGCAUCAAAGAAUUCACACUGGAGAGAAACCCUACCUGUGUAGCCAAUGUAACAAGUCUUUCAGUAGACUGUCAGAUCUUAUUAAUCACCAACGAAUUCACACUGGUGAGAGACCUUACCCAUGUAAUCAGUGCAGCAAAAUGUUCAGUCGAAGAUCAGAUCUCGUUAAACAUCAAAGAACUCACACGGGUGAGAAACCCUAUGAAUGUGAAGAGUGUGGGAAAACCUUUAGUCAGAGUUCAAACCUCAUUCUGCACCAGAGAAUCCACACUGGAGAGAAGCCCUAUCCAUGCAGUGACUGUGCUAAACAUUUCAGUCGUCGUUCAGACCUUGUGAAACACCAACGAAUACACACUGGAGAGAAACCCUAUACAUGUAAUCAGUGCAACAGAAGUUUCAGUCAAAGCUCAGACCUCACAAAACAUCAGCGAGUGCACUCUGGAGAAAAACCCUAUCGUUGUGAUACUUGUGAAAAAGCCUUCAGUCAGAGCUCUGACCUUAUUCUUCAUCAUAGAAUUCACACCGGAGAAAAGCCGUAUCCAUGCACGCAGUGCAGCAAAAGGUUCAGUCAGAACUCAGACCUUACCAAACAUCAGAGAAUCCACUCAGGGGAAAAACCUUACAGAUGUAACAAGUGUGAGAAAGCUUUCAGUCAGUGCUCAUCCCUUAUCCUCCAUCAGAGAAUCCACACUGGUGAGAAACCAUAUAUGUGUGAUCAGUGUGGCAAAAACUUCAGUCGGCGCUCUGAUCUCCUCACCCAUCAAAGGCUCCACGCCAGUGAGAAGCCAUAUGAAUGUGACGGGCGGGCGGAGAGCGGAAGUCCGAGCAGCAUCCUUCCGGUCUUUGUGGCUCCGGGCUCUGGGUUGUGGCUUCCUCCCUUGUUGCUCCUGGCCUUGGCGGUGAGGGGCGCGGACCCCGAGGGGAGGGAGGCUGGAGGGUUCGCCGCCGGGAGGUGGGCGCCGGGUGGGGGAGCCCUGCCCUUCGAUCAGCCCGCCCGGGGUCGUGGCGACGGUGCCGAGCAUCUUGGAGACGCAGAGGAUGCUGCCACUCAGUCCUCUGCUCUCCGGCAGAAGUUAUUCUCUACACCCAGGUGA